AUCGGCUACGGCACUACGAAAGUUCAUUACCUGUUGAAAGGAUCUCAUGGACUCCCGGGUUUUCAAGGCUGGUAUGUUGAACAUGGCAAGAAGAGAUUAGACAAUCAAUUUGCUUGGGGUCAACCCUCUAUAUUGACAACUACAGGAAGUAAUAUUGCCGAUAGAGAUGAUUUCACUUUGUCAAAAAGAGGCAUUAUGGAUGCUCAACUACUAGUGGCAGGGCUGAUAGCCACCGUAAGCUUCGCCGCGGCCUUCACAGUUCCGGGAGGUUAUAAUGACGAUGGAAUGGCAGUUCAUGCUGGCAGGCCAUUUUUUAAAACCUUUGUGAUGUCUAACAAUUUUGCGUUCCUUUUCUCCGCCGUGGCAAUAUUCUUACAUUAUGCAAGUUUAACGUUCAGCUAUGGUCAAAAGCCGAAAUAUAUCCCGACCGUGGAAGGUUGCAUUCAAAUUGCUAUGCUCGGGCUGUUCGUAGCCUUUUAUGUGGGGCUGAAUCUGGCACGGGAGAGGCUCCCCGAGAGUAUCGAGGAAGGAGUCCAUUUUUGUGUUACGUAUGGACUUCUCUUUGCCGUGUGCUUCUUGUAUGAUUUAUCUGACCACGAGGCUCAUGCGUGGUUGCUACGUAGGGUACCCCUAGGAUAUAUGCGAAAGUUCUUGCUUGAUUGCGGGAUACACCGUAUCUUGUGCACGGGAAAUUUUCUUUUUGCUUUGUCAGCCUUCAAGUUCGAGCACUUUUAUGUCAGUUGUCCAAUUUAAAACCUGCCGUUAUCGACUGUUGGUUUGUACUCCGCUGAAGGUUUAUUGAAGAAUGUGAUGUUUACUAGCACAUAGUUGACGUUGCCGUUGAAUUGGAACUUGCCUUCGACUUCUA